AGGUUAAACAGGAAGUAAAGACAACCACUCAGUGACCAGAGUUCUUGAUCGGAUCUCAGGCAUUCACUGACAGAACAGACCUGAUGUUAGACACAACAAUGACGCCAGCGAUGUAUCAUGCAUGGCGCCUUGUCUACACAACUGUGCUAUUAGAUGGUAAGUCAUAAGUGGACUACCAUCGGGAUGAAAACAUGAUUUUGUUAUAGAAACGAUAACUUAAUUUUUAUGCUAAGCGAAUCAGGUUAAACCUGUCAAACGCAAUUAUUUUGUGGAUUAACAUUAGUUUUAUAAGAAGAUGAUUGCACAGCACACACUCGUGUUUUUAUAAUGGUGUGUCAAAGUUAACGUACAAUGACAUAUUUUUUUUGUUUCGCAAAGAGAUGUUUUAGCUUAAAUCCAAGGCAAAAAGUUACGAGCUUCAUAGCGCCAGUUCCUUGGCCACUAAAGCUUAUGUCGAUAUAACAAAGUCUCGCAUUUAAAUAUCAGUCUGCCCAGAAGCUGCUAUCAUUCUAACACUCGUGCAUUCAUUAAUAUUCAUAUUAAAUAACUCUCUGUUCUUGAUGACUUUAGGGUGCCUUGUCCUAACAUCAGCCGAACCAUCCACGUUCAACGUUCUUAACAUCAACGGACAAGACUACCUCAUGUCCUCCACGACGGCCGACACAGAAGAAGCUGGCUCCAGCUGCUCUGAGGCAGGGUCUCAGCUGGCGUUGUUUGACACCAAUGCCGAGUUCCACAACGUGUCCUCGUUUCUCUCGUCCUACAUCAUUGACCAUGAACUGCGCGUGGAUGAGCUGCUGGUAGACAUCCUUGUCAAGGACGGAGAUUCAGACGGGAAGUACGAGCACUGGUGGAAGCAGGAGGAGCUCUCCGACAAAGUCUGGGCUUCCGGUGAGCCGGACUCGGGCUGCCGGAAAGUUCCGAAGUCGUGCUGCGUCCGGAUCUAUUUCGACAAGGGCUACGGAGUCCUGAAGGACACCGACUGUGAGAAAAGAUAUUUUUACUUGUGUAAAUCUGCGGGGGCAUGCAGCUCUGCCGCACACAGCUGUAGCCAUGUAUGUGUGGACACAACGCAAGGAUACACAUGCGAGUGUAAGACUGGCUGGAUCUUAGAGGCCGACGGCUUCAGCUGUGUGGAUAUUGACGAGUGCAAGGACAUAGAACAUCUGUGUGACCAGGUGUGCACCAACACGGCUGGAUCCUACGUGUGCUCGUGUCAUGAAGGUAACACACUUAAUUCAGACGCUAAAUCGUGCACUGCAUUAAUCGGAUUUGAAAAUUCCACCGUGGGCGGAGGUUCGAACUCGGGCGAAGAGACUACCCGCGCUGUGGAGGGCUGUAGUACCGGAUACGCCAGGUCUAGUGAUACCGGGCCGUGUGCUGACGUCGAUGAGUGCAUGCUGGCUCUCACUGGUUGCCAGCACUCUUGUGUUAACACAGAAGGUUCCUACACGUGCUCGUGCUAUGAAAACUACACACUGCGUUCGGACAACAAGACGUGUGUAGACGUGGAUGAGUGUGCCAGCGGCGUGCCGCCGUGUGCCCAGCUGUGCGUCAACACACGGGGAGGUUACUCUUGCGGUUGCUGGGACGGCUACCACGACGACGGGCCCGAACUUUGCGCCGACGUCAACGAGUGUGAUCUCGGCAUACACGCAUGUUCACAAACCUGCCACAACACCAACGGCUCCUACGUCUGCUCCUGCCGAGACGGCUUCUUCCUUGCAGACGACCAACACGGCUGUGUCGCCUCCGACACGUCAGACGCAAACAGGUGUCCGUGCCACUGUCGCGGCGUGUCAGACGGCAACAUCAGCAUACCCAGUACGAUCGACUACAUCCACAACACAAUCCAUCGACUGAGCUUAGACGUUCACGACCUGUCGUCUUACAAAAGAACCAAGAUGAGUGUCACUGAUCAGAGAGUGACGUCACAGACGUUAGGCUACAUGGGCGUGGCUGUCUUCGUGGGUAUCUUUGGUUUACUGGCUGCACCGGAUGCAGUCAAAUUGUUCGCUUAUUUGAAAUCAAUGAUAACGAAUGAGUUAAUCUAAAUCAGUGGUUCUCAGCCUUCCUAAUGCCGUGAUAGUGAUUGUAGUGAUAGUGCCGUUGUAGUGAUUCCUCCCCCCCCCACCCUCAAACAAAAAAAUAUUUUGGUUGCUACUUCAUAAUAAAUGUGUUUCCCGAUGGUCUUAGGCGACCCUUGUGUGUAAGGGUCGUUCGACCCGACCCACAGGUCGAGAACCGCUGAUCUAAAUCAUUGACUGCGUUUAAUGACAGUCUGUUAAAUUGAAUGAAUGUUUUUAAAUGUUUCAAUAAAUUGUUCAGGCAGAGUUUGAAGAAAGAUAUAAACAAACAAGAAUAAAAUUAAACUGAAUUUUAAUUU